AUGUAUGUUGGGGAGGUAAUGCUAGAGGAGCUAGGGAUUAAGCUAGCUAUUAGGGCCGACUACCAGUGCUGGUACAAUACCGCCGACGCCGCCAUAAUCGUCGACCUUACCUGGUACCCACGUACUAAGAUAAUGGAGCUCAUAGCCAAGAAGAUGUGGUCCUCCACUGACCAGCUCCCAGCCGUCCAGCAGCUGUCAGACGUAAUGUGA